GAGGCCGGCCGGGUCGCGCAGUUGCGGCACGCAAGCACGCCGGAGCGGAGCGCAACUUCGUGCAAGUGGGUGGGAGUUGCAGCCCUCGUAAGUCAAGAGAGCGAAGAGUAACCGAAAGAACGGGCUUCUACUCAGUCUGUCCGCGGCCGUCCGUCAAGCAGACGUCUCCGACUCUUGUGUGUGCCUCCCCCUCCCACUUCCUCUCGACGUUUCCUAGGUCGACGUUUCCAUCCGACGUUUCCCCGCAGUGUCUCGAGGGCCUCGUGGAUGGCACAUGUAGCCCUUCGCGCCACCCUGUCGUUACACGAUUACCAUCGGAUCUUCAAUUGAUAUUGUACACAGUUUAUGACAGUUUCUCUUCUAAGUUGGAACUUAUGCAUGCACUUAGUGGAUGAGAACGAUUGAAUUGGGUGUGAUCAAGUGGGAAUACCAAGUGUGACCAUGUGGUACGCGAAUAUAAUCGCGGGCUUAAUUGGCCUGAUCUUUGUCGUCGGUUUACCACCGUGGUGCUCGGAUGCGUUCAACGUCGAGACGAAACAUUACGCUGUGUAUCGGAAUGAGACCAGAUCUAUGUUUGGAUUCGCUGUUUCGGUGUACAGGGAUAGAUACGGCCGAGGAUGGGCCAUCGUGGGUGCACCGGAGGCCGAAACUCCUCAAGCUGGCGUCUACAGAGGCGGCGCAGUUUACAAAUGCGACAUAGCGGCCGAUGAUCGAUGCAUGUUGAUCAAUUUCGACAGUAAAGGAAAUAACUACGUCAGAAAUCCAAAUGUGCCGGGUGGUUUGAGUCAGAUCGAUAAUAAGACCCUUCAAUGGUUUGGUGCAACGGUUUCAGCCUCGAUAAAGGAUGGAGGACCCAUUUUGGCGUGCGCUCCAAGAUACAUCUGGUUCUCCGUGUCUCAGCCGAAAUAUCCGGAAGAGAAUCGAUGGAGCAAGGAGUCCACCGUUGGAAGUCGAAGGGAACCAGUUGGUACUUGCUGGAUCGUCGGCAACAAUUUCAACGAGCCACAAGAAUUUUCACCCUGUCGUACGAGGUACUGGGGAUACCACAGACAGGGCUCGUGUCAAGCUGGAUUGGGCGCUUCUAUGUCCAAGAAUAGUGAGAGGCUGUUCAUCGGGGCGCCAGGAAGUUGGUACUGGCAAGGGCAGGCGUUUUCACAGCCGUUGAACGGGCGCGCGAAAAUAAUGUACACGAAGGAAGGGCCGGCAACCGAGGACGAUAGCUACAUGGGUUACUCUGUCACGAGCGGGGAUUUUAUUGGAAACGGUGACAGCGGAACAGCCGUCGGUGUACCCCGUGGCUCCGACCUCCUCGGCAAAGUUAUACUUUUUACCUCGAACAUGACGAAUCCUCGUAACAUAACCGGAGAGCAAAUGGGAGCUUAUUUCGGUUACGCCGUUGCAUCCGGGGAUAUCGACGGCGACGGUUUGGACGAUCUUAUUGUUGGCGCGCCUAUGUACACGGUGCCGGAUAACCCAGAAAUGACAAUCGAGACCGGAAGGGUGUACGUGAUCUAUCAGGGCGUUGGACCUGAAAAGUUCCGCAAAGUAGAUUCCAGGGACGGGGAGAGCAAUCGUGGCCGAUUCGGCUUGUCACUGGCCUCUCUCGGGGACAUCGACCGUGACGGUUACGGGGACUUCGUGGUGGGCGCUCCUUACGGUGGUCUACGCGGCCACGGUGCGGUGUACAUCUACCACGGCUCGUCAACCGGUGUCCUGGAAAAGUAUUCUCAGGUGAUCCACGCCGAGAAUCUGGACGUUCCCAUAAACACUUUCGGGUUCUCCGUGGCUGGUGGCCUUGACCUGGAUGGAAAUCAUUACCCGGACAUGGUGGUGGGCGCUUACGAGUCCAGCACGGCAGUGUUCUUCAGAUCGAGGCCCGUGAUCAAGAUGGAUUCGUACGUGUCGUUCGAUCUUGAGUCGAAAUUAAUCUCGUUGGACGAUAGGAAUUGCACGCUAUCGGAUGGGAACAGGGUCACUUGCCUUCUGUUGAGGGCCUGUUUCAAGUACAACGGGGACGGUGUUUUUCCCAGGCACAACUUUAACAUACAAUACGUAUUGGACGUGAAAAAGACGAAAAGUCCUAGGUUGUUCUUCUUGGAGCUGGAGGGAAGAAACACGAUGAACCGUACCAUCAUGGUGGACAGGGAUCGACAGUUUUGUCGCACUGUUCAGGUCUACGUGACGCCUAACAUCCGUGACAAGCUCACUUCCCUGGACGCCGAGAUGCGAAUGAGCCUCGACGAGGAACGCUACGAGGACACUCGACCAAGAGAUCCUAAACUCCCGUUGCGGCCGAUCCUCGGCUCGACGACGUCCAGGAAGGACUCUCUGUCGAUCAGGAAGAACUGCGGCCCCGACAACGUGUGCAUCCCCGAUCUGCAAAUGAACGUGACGUCAAACGUGCAAAAGUAUCUAUUGGGAUCGGGCAAACGAUUGCAGUUGGACGUGUUGGUGCAGAACAUGGGCGAAGACGCUUUCGAGUCGACUUACAAUCUGAAACUGCCCGCCGGUAUCGAUUACAUCAAGGUGGAAAAGAUUGAGACUAUGGGGGUGCCCGUUCAAUGCUCGGCGCCCAAACAAUCCAACAACAAUACUCUACGCUGCGAUAUUGGCAACCCGUUGCAGAAAAAUGGUUUGGUCAAAUUCAAAGUGUUGCUGCAACCCGUCACCUCCCACGGCAUGAAGCCAAUCUACGAAUUCGAAAUGGACGUGAACACGACCAACCCUGAGAAUCCGUUCACGACCGAGGACAACAGCUACACUUUGAGGCUACCGAUUUGGAUCGAGACCGAUCUGCGCGUGGACGGCGAGAGCAAGCCCAAGGAUCUUUACUACAAUCCGGAUAAUUACACCAGCGAGACGAAUGCAACCACCGAAGGAGAAUUUGGUCCAGCCAUGACGCACAACUACACUAUUCGGAACCAGGGACCGUCGGACGUGAUCGAGGCUGAGGCAUUCCUCAUUUGGCCAGCGCAAACCUUGGCUGGAAAUGAGUUGCUGUACUUGUUGGAGCAGCCGGAAACGUCUGGACCCAUUGCCUGUGAACCUGCCAAUGCGAAUUAUCUUAGUUUAAAGUUGGAUCAACGGAGGAGAAUGUACUCGCAUCACUCAGAUCCAUCGGGAGUGAUCCUGGACGAGUCUCAAUCAGGCAGGACGAUCAACGUGCAACGAGGAUUCGACGCCGACAGAAGCAAGCUGACCCAAAAAGAAGAGUCUGACAUCAACAGUGGCGAUAGUUCGAACAUUCAGAAAUCUCGUCACUCCUCCUCCUCCUCGUCAUCAUCAUCCUCUUCUUCUUCCUCCUCUUCUCAAGUUAUCACCAGCGAGACAAGAAGGUUCCAAUUAUCGGACACUGGCAACAAACCAAACGUUCUAAUCACGACUUACACGCAGAACAAUUCGGGGACCAGUUCUAUAAAUACUGGCGACUUGUCAGCUGCCAAUAGAGGCGUGAUUUUUGACACUGAGUCUGGUACUUACGGGGAGGCCAGUUUGGGCGGUGGUUUCCGGCCCAGUGAUGGCAGCACAUUUGGUACAAGAGUUCCAGGCCUCGACGAGAGUUAUGAAACCAGGACGAAUCAUUCUCAGACGUUUGAGAAUCGUUGGGGCGAGACCAGUGUCUCUGGUGGCCGCGUAUCUUCUUCGAACAGAUUCAACUCCGAGGUGAACGAGAGCGACGAAAGGUAUCAGGAAUAUCUGAGGCAAAAAGAGGCCCAGCGUCGACAGGAAGAAGAAGCUCGACUGGAGCACCAUAGAAAGAAGGAACAACUUUUGGCGGUGCAGCGUCAACGAGAGGAGCAAGAACGUUUGGAAUAUCAGAGAAGGCAGGAGGAGGAGAGGAGGAGAGCGCAGGAGGAGGAGACGAGAAGGCAGGAGGAGGAACGAAGAAGGGUAGAGGAAGAAGAGAUGCGUCAGCGACAAGGAGAGGAGGAAAGGAGGAGAAUGGAAGAGGAGGAGGAAUAUAGGCUCGAGCAGGAGAGGCGUUAUGGCAGCUCUGGCGGUGAACAUCGCGGGAUACAGGCUGGUUUCAUCACCGGUGAUCGAGAGGAGACUGUUCGAGGGGGAGAAUUCGGAUUCCAGUUGCGCAACAUUAGCUCUAGUCAGGAAUUAGAACGAUUGUUUGGAUCUUUGUCGAAAUCGGCGUCUGUUUAUGAAUUGUACAACAGACAAGGCAAGCAUUAUGUUCAAUUCAUGGGAAGAUUUAGGAAUUCCGCCGACAGGAGAGAGUAUAUAGAAUUCCAGGACGGGUCUAUGUUCCCUUUGCAAGACAGUUACGGUAGACAGAGCUACGUUGCUGAGGGUAUCGAGUCCAGAGACAGCAGAUUCUUGAGGAUAGAAGGCGAGCUCAUGGUCGAUUCGACUGGCAAAGGGUUCAUCGUGCUUAAAGAUGGCCGUAGGUUUCCUCUUCAGGGUUCUUUCACUUACACAGAGGAAAGAACGUACACGUUGAGUCCUCACAGCGGGUAUUUGGGAGGUGGUGGCAUUAGCAAUAAGUACGAAACGAAGAGUUACAGUAAAUCCUGGAACGAGGAGUCUGGCCGAGCUGGUGAAAUCGAAAAGGAUUAUGAGUCCAGCUAUUCCAGCACUCAUGAAGAAAGAAGGACAGAGGAUAGAAGAGUGACCAGUAGAGUUUACGCGAGAGAAAAUCGCGAGGCUGUCGAGAAAAUUCCGCAGACCGAGAAUCCUAAUUUUGAUGAAGGUUCGAAGCAAGAGAGCGACAUGCUUAGAAUAUACGAGUUUAAGAAAUUCGAAAAGCUUCAUAGGGUGCCCAGGGACUUGGAGAACGAGCCGAUUGAAACCGAGUUUGACGAUAAAGUAGAUUUUGAAAGCGAUCCUAGAAUGCAAGGACCGGUUAGUCCAUGUGAUUCAGCCAAGUGCGUCAUGCUCAGAUGCGUUUUGGGCCCCUUGAAAAAAGACCAAGAGGUUUGGAUCGGGGCUAGGUACAGAGUGGACGCCAGGACACUGAAGAAGGUCGCUCUUCAAGAAAAAGUCAGGGUCUCGACUAAAUUGAUAGCCCGAGUCACCAAGCAGCCCUUCAUAGGUACACCUGCCGAACAGGUGAUCAAGAGCCACGAAAUUAAAACGAAUGUCGAGCCAAGUAUAACGCCAUCUGCACCGGAUGUUAUACCACUUUGGGUUGUGGUACUCUCCGCCUGUGCUGGAACCAUCAUUCUACUAUUGCUUAUUUUCCUGCUGCACAAGUGUGGCUUCUUCAAGAGAAAUAGACCGUCCGACGCUCCAGAAAGGCAACCACUGAACAGGAAUGGUCACUUCCAGCAUGGGGACGAUCACUGAAAAAAUUAGCCAAGAGUCAAUCAAUGGAAUUUCGAAAAAUCAUCGAACUAUCUAAAUGAACGAGCCAGGAAGUGCCUUUAAUCCUCCUCGAAUCUAACGAAGGAGCGAAUCUAUGCACUGGUUGAAUCAUGACACAUCUUAGUUACAAAAUAAAGUCUCAUGACGAGCAACACGACUAACUGUAAUUAACAAAAUCGCGAGUGCCUUUAUCUCCAGAUCGGAAUAAGAAAGGUGUUCGAGUUUUUUUUUUUUUACAUUUUUUACAUUUCAUUUA